UGUAAUAGUAUGUACUGUUUCUGUGUCUUUCAGAAAUGAUUAUGAGGAGUUAGCUCAACAGUGCAAAACAUUUGCUAAAGAUUUGCUUGCACAAGCACGGAAUUCACGGGAGCUGGAAGUUAUUCUGAACCACACAUCUAGUGAUGAACAUGUAGACAAGCGAGGAUUGUUGGAAGAGAGGAUGAACUUAAGCCGCUUAAAACUUGCAAUCAAGUAUAAUCAAAAAGAGUUUGUUGCUCAGUCUAACUGCCAGCAGUUUCUAAACACUGUGUGGUUUGGACAGAUGGCAGGCUAUCGACGCAAGCACACGUGCAAGAAAAUUUUGACUGUUUUGACGGUUGGCAUUUUCUGGCCAGUUCUGUCCCUGUGUUACUUGUUAGCCCCUAAAUCUCGAGUAGGUCGAAUAAUUCACACUCCUUUUAUGAAGUUUAUUAUUCACGGAGCUUCGUAUUUCACAUUUCUGUUAUUACUUAAUUUGUACUCCCUUGUCUACAAUGAGAAUAAGAAGAAUACAAUGGGACCAGCCCUUGAGAGAAUAGACUAUCUUCUGAUAAUAUGGCUAAUUGGAAUGGUGUGGUCAGAUGUUAAAAGACUCUGGUAUGAUGGUUUAGAAGACUUUUUAGAAGAAUCCCGUAAUCAGCUUAGUUUUGUCAUGAAUUCCCUGUAUUUGGCAACUUUUGCCCUCAAAGUCGUUGCCCAUAACAAGUUUCAUGAUUAUGCUGAAAGGAAGGACUGGGAUGCAUUCCAUCCUACACUAGUGGCAGAAGGUCUUUUUGCUUUUGCGAAUGUUCUUAGUUAUCUGCGUCUCUUCUUCAUGUACACAACCAGCUCUAUUCUGGGACCACUCCAGAUUUCAAUGGGGCAGAUGCUACAAGAUUUUGGAAAAUUUCUGGGAAUGUUUCUUCUUGUCUUGUUCUCAUUCACAAUUGGAUUGACGCAACUUUAUGAUAAAGGAUUUACUGUAAAUGAAGAAAAGGACUGUGCGGGUAUUUUCUGUGAACAACAGAGCAAUGACACAUUCCAUUCGUUUAUUGGCACAUGUUUUGCUCUGUUCUGGUAUAUAUUCUCCCUGGCACAUGUAGCAAUCUUUGUCACUCGUUUUAGCUACGGCGAAGAAUUGCAGUCUUUUGUGGGUGCUGUUAUUGUUGGUACCUACAAUGUGGUGGUUGUGAUAGUAUUAACUAAACUCCUUGUGGCAAUGCUUCAUAAAAGUUUUCAGCUGAUAGCAAAUCAUGAAGAUAAGGAAUGGAAGUUUGCUCGUGCCAAGCUUUGGCUUAGCUACUUUGAUGACAAAUGCACGCUACCUCCACCUUUCAAUGUUAUUCCCUCUCCCAAGACUAUCUGUUAUCUUUUCAACAGUCUCAGUAAAUGGAUCUGCUCUCAUACAUCAAGUGGCAAAGUGAAACGUCAGAACAGCCUAAAGGAAUGGAGAAAUCUGAAGCAAAAGAGAGAUGAGAAUUAUCAAAAGGUGAUGUGUUGCUUAGUCCACCGUUACUUGACUUCCAUGAGACAGAAGAUGCAAAGCACAGAUCAGGCAACUGUGGAAAACCUAAAUGAACUGCGGCAAGACUUGUCAAAAUUCCGAAAUGAAAUGAGAGACCUGCUUGGCUUUCGAACUUCUAAAUAUGCCAUGUUUUAUCCAAGAAACUAAGGCCUAACUUUAAAAUGAAAAGUGUGUACUUUUAGAUACAUAUAGGUGAAAGUUUUGACCUAAUUCUGUUGCCAGACCAAAUAGAAAAGAUUAUUGCACAAAAAUACAUUUGAAAAUGCACUUGCAUGAGUUGCAGCUAGAUGCAGAAGUGGUGGAAAUAAAUGCAAAAACAGAUGCGGUAAUUUUCUUAAGCUCUUAAUCUUAGUGUGUAUAUAAAAUUUGUACAUAGGAAUUUUUUUAAUGUUCCUCAGACUAUGGCUGUCAGGUGUCAGAGCUUCAUAAGUAGCACAAUGUGUUUAUUUCUUCUAUUUUUGCUGUUUCUUCCUUUUUGAUACUUGUUUUUCAAGUUGUGGGAGAAGAUAGGCUUUUUAAAACAAAAAUCCAGCCUAUGUUUAUUUUUAAUAGAAAAGUCAGAUAUAGAAUAAUAGAAAAUUUCCAUCUCAGUUGGAAAUUAUGUUUGACU